AUGGCCAAUCAAAGAGAUGCGUUGAUCAGGGUGGUCGGUUUGCGCAUACGUAGAGUUGAAACGCCCCAUCUCCCAUUCAAUAUAUCCCAUUCCCCAUUUCACAUUCCCCAUCUCCCAUUCCCCAUCUCCCAUUCCUCAUUUUCCAUUCCCCAACUCCCAUUCUCUUCCCCAACUCCCAUUCUCCAUCUCCCAUUCCACAUCUCCCAUGCUCCAUCUCCCAUUCCCCAUCUCCCGUUUUCCAUCUUCCAUGCAACAUCUCCAUUCCCCAUCUCCCAUGCCCCAUAUCCCAUUCCCCAUCUCCCAUUCCCUAUCUCCAUUCCCCAUCACCCAUGCCACGUCUCUCAUUCCCCAUCUCCCAUUCCCCAUCUCCCAUUCCCUAACUCCCAUUCCUCAUCUCCAAUGCCCCAUCUCCCAUUCCCCAUCUCCCAUUCCCCAUCUCCCAUGCCCCAUCUCCCAUUCCCCAUCUACCAUUCCCCCCAUUCCCCAUCUUCCAUUCCCCAUCUCCCAUUCCCAAUCCCCCAUUCCCCAUCUCCCAUUCCCCAUAUCCCAUUCCCCCCAUUCCCCAUCUCCCAUUCCCCAUCUCACGUGCCCCAUCUCCCAUUCCCCAUAUCCAAUUCCCCCCCUAUUUCCCAUCUCCUAUUCCCCCUCUCCCAUUCCUCAUCUCCCAUGGCCCAUCUCCCAUCCCCCAUCUCCCACUUCCCAUCUCCCAUUCCCCAUCUCCCAUUCCCCAUCUCCCAUUCACCAUCUCCCAUGACCCAUCUCCCAUUCCUCAUCCCCUUUUCCCCAUCUCCCAUUCCCCAUCUCCUAUCCCCCAUCUCCCUUACCCCUCUCCUUUUCCCCGUCUCCCAUUCCCCAUCUCCCAUGCCCCACCUCCCAUUUUACAUCUCCCAUUCCCCAUCUCCCAUUCCCCAUCUUCCAUUACCCAUCUCUCAUGCCCCGUCUCCCAUUUCCCAUCUCCCAUUCCCCAUCUCCCGUUCCCAUCUCCCAUUCCCCAUAUCCAAUUCUCCGUUACAGUGA